AUGCAGCCUGCAAUUCAAGUGUGGUUUGGAGAAGAUCUACCCUUAAGUCCGCGGUGUCCGCUGACUCCCCGACACGGCCCUGGUUUGGCUGAUGUUUGUCAGUAUGAUGAGUGGAUAGCUGUGAGGCAUGAAGCCACUCUGUUGCCUAUGAAAGAGGAUCUGUCGAUCUGGUUAUCUGGCUUACUAGGUAUUGAAGUUAAGGCAGAAAGAUUAUUGGAAGAACUUGAUAAUGGUGUACUGUUGUGCCAGCUGAUUGCUGUUCUUCAAGACAUGGUGAAAAACUGUAACUCUGAAGAAUCAGGGAAUUUUCCAAUGAGAAAAGUACCCUGUAAGAAAGAUGCUCCAUCAGGUUCAUUCUUUGCUAGAGACAAUACUGCUAACUUCCUCCACUGGUGUAGGUCCAUUGGAGUUGAUGAGACUUACCUCUUUGAAUCUGAAGGAUUAGUUUUGCACAAAGAUCCAAGACAGGUGUAUCUUUGCCUCCUUGAAAUUGGUCGAAUUGUAUCAAGAUAUGGCGUUGAACCACCAGUAUUAGUAAAACUUGAGAAAGAAAUUGAGCUUGAAGAAACCUUGCUUAAUACUUCUGGGCUGGAUGAGUCCAUCAGCAUUCCAAAAUCAUGCUGCUGCCAUGAAGAGCUGCAUGAGGCUGUUAAACAUAUUGCUGAAGAUCCUCCUUGUAGUUGUUCUCACCGGUUCUCCAUUGAGUACUUAUCUGAAGGGCGGUACCGACUAGGGGAUAAAAUACUCUUUAUAAGAAUGCUUCAUGGAAAACAUGUCAUGGUCCGUGUUGGUGGAGGCUGGGACACCCUGCAAGGAUUUUUGCUUAAGUAUGAUCCCUGCCGAAUACUGCAGUUUGCAACACUAGAACAGAAAAUCCUAGCAUUUCAGAAAGGUGUUUCCAAUGAAUGUGUGCCUGAUUUGCCUGCCAGAACACCUCAGCCUCCUGAAAUGAACCCUAUGUCAGCAGUUAACAUGUUUCAGAAACAAAAUGCGAAGCCUGGCACACCUGGCAUCCCAAGGAACAAAGAAAAGCAGAUACAUCCACCAGGUGUGCUGCCACCAGGAGCCUCGUCACGAAAAGGAGGUCAUCCAAGUUCAGUGUCAGUCCGUCCUAAACUGCAGAAUUCUCCAGCCGCUUCUUCCCAUCCCAAAGCUUCAAAAGGCCUGUCAAAGAAACCACCGACUCCUUCAAACAACCUAUCAUCUUCACUUGCUUCUUUAACUGCUGGAGGUAAAAGCACUUCUUCACCAGCUUUAUCAAGAACUGCGCCUUGUGUAUCUCAGUCAUUAAAAACAUGUAUCACAUCGCCCAGUACUCCUAAAGGCAGAAAGAACCCAGCCCAGAAGGCCAGAGCUGUGCUGGAUUCUGCAGUUUUGCCAAAUAAGUGUUCAGGAAAAAUGGAAGCACAGCAUCUGAAGCACUGUAAUACUACUUCUAGGGAUGAAGUGGUAUCUCGCAGUGCAGCACGUUUAAAUCCAUCAUCAAAGUGUGCCAAACCACCCAAAGCAAAUGUACAUGUACGGCCCAAAGCUUCUUCUGCGCAAGCCCCUUCCAAAAUGACAAAGUCCAGUUCAAAAACCACAGCCACAAGUCCAGCAACAAAGUCUCCGCCACUUAAUGGAGCCCCACAAGCCUCUGCAAACCCGGCACGGAAACUGAAAUCACCCUUGAAUUUAAACCAGCCCCCUUCUAUGCCCUCAAUUUCUCUGCAAUCAAAAGAUAAGAAAUUGGCUUCAGUUGCCAAAAAUCAACCUCAGAAUAAAAUUCCACACCAGCAGACAGGACCCAGCUCCUCGAGGUCACCUGGUCGUACUCCACUGGCCAUUGUGAGCCUUCCCCAGUCUUCUGCCAAAACACAGAGCACAGCAAAGUCAGCAAGCUCUGCCCCAAAGGGCCAGUGUGCAGCUAGAGGACCUCCACAAGGUGUCAAAGCACCAACUGCCACCAGGAAACCACCCUCAACUUGUAAGGAAGCGGUUCGUGGAGAUAAAAAACCUACCACAAAGAAGAAGGAAGAUGAUGACCAUUACUUUGUUAUGACUGGAAGUAAGAAACCUAGAAAAUAA